UAACACUCGAUUGUAUUGCCAGAUCGCCUGCCUCUUUCGCAACUGGGAAACCAUGGUUGAUCACGCACCCAGAAACUCAAACUUGGCCUUUGGCGUAAACCGCCUCGGUCGGGCCGCCGUAUACAAGAAGCGUGCCUUGUACCGUCGCAAAAAGACUACUCAGAACACUGAGAAGGCUGCGCCUGCGACCACUAAGACCAAGGAAAUUGGCGGUGAUAAGAAUGGUAAGACACGUACCGUUCCCCUACAAAAGGAGAGCCGUUUCUACGCCACCGAGGAUACCCCUCGUCCUCUUGUAAACCGCAAGCACGCCAAGGCUGCCAAGCUUCGUGCCUCCAUCACCCCCGGAACCGUAUUAAUCUGUCUCUCCGGACCUAACCGUGGAAAGCGUGUCGUCUUCCUCAAGCAAUUGGCUAGUGGCUUAUUACUUGUGACUGGACCCUUCAAGAUCAACGGAGUACCCCUUCGUCGCAUUAACCAGGCUUACGUUAUUGCCACGUCCACUUCCAUCGACAUCUCUGGUGUGAGUGUUGCUGACAAGUUCGAUGAUGCAUACUUUGCACGUCCCUCUACCGGUGCCACCGAGAAGUCGGAGAAGAAGUUCUUCGCAACCGGAGAUAAGGAGAAGAAGGCCCCUGCUGCCAGUCGUGUCUCCGACCAAAAGGAGGUUGAUAGCGCCAUUAUUAGCGCGAUCGCCAAGGAGCCCAUGAUGAAGUCAUACUUGGCUGCCACCUUCUCAUUGAAGAAAGGACAGUACCCUCACUUGAUGAAGUUUUAAUCUAUUUCAUUAAAAUGAUCUCGCUGAGUAUUACCUGGUGUUCAUUAGGGGACUCUCCAUAGGUGUGUUCUUGUUGGAUAUUUUGAAUGCAUCUAUAGGCAUGCACGUAAAACACAUACCGGGUGUCUACCGUUGUUGUCGAUUCUUAGUUUGUUUAUGAUGUUUUCCCCCACAGGACGCAUUUAUUGAUUUAGUUUAUUUUUGGGUUUCCAAAGUACUAAUGUAGG